AUGCGGUCUGGUGAGGAGAGCCAAGUCGCGAUCGUUGCACAGUGGUCGCGAUCGCGCCUUGCGCGUGACGGCGACACGGAUGUCCGGUCCGCAUCUCCGCUCGACGAUCUCGCGCGUUCCGAUCGUCGGCAACCUAUCCACCAGAGUGCGGAGAAGCAGCGAGCGGGGCAGGUACACACGGAGCGAGCCAUCACGAAUAGGCUCCCCGCAUCGUCUAGACUCCAGAUGGCGGCUUCAGCAGUUCUUCUUCUACCCGUUACUCCUCCAACGUACCAUCGCAUCGUCUCCCAGACCCUCAGCAUUCCAUCGGAUCCGCAGAUCCCUAUCCCGGUCGGCCUGCUAGCAUGUCAGAGAGACCCCCUCCUGCGUGAACUUCCGACCACCGUGAUCAGCUGUACGCUCUCCCAAUCACCCGCCAUCCCAUCCAAUGGCAGGAAGAGCAAGAAGGGGAAGGCUUCGCCAGUUCCCUCCCAGCCCCUCCUCGAGGUCGUCCUCCACGAUACUAUUAUCUUCCCAGAAGGCGGUGGCCAGCCGUCGGACAUCGGGAUCCUCACCAGUCCCGACGGCGAGGAGUGGAAUGUAAUCGAGGCGAAACGUCACGGUGGGCAUGCCGUGCACUAUAUUCGCGCACACGACCAGGAUGGGCAAGGUGCAAUUCGUGCGUUCCUUCCCGGAGCCAAGGUAGGAGUAGCGCUGGGCGAGGAGGGGUUCAAGCGACGACUGGACCAUAUGAGCAUGCACACGUCGCAGCAUCUGCUCUCCGCCCUAUUGGAGAGACGGCUUAAUCUCCCUACGCUCUCGUGGUCCCUCACUGCCUUUCCUACCCCAUCAUAUGUGGAAAUCCCGCGGAGUAUGUCCGCUGAAGAGAUUGCUUCGAUCCAGGACGAAGCCAAUCGGCUCGCAUUCGAGGGUCGCUCAGUUCACAUAGAGGUAGAAGAACUAAAUCCGGAGAAAGUGCCAGAGGUCGCAAAGUUACAGAGCGGACGAAACGUAGGAAAGGCGCUGCCUGCGGAUUACACUGGUGGGGUGAAAAGGACGGUAAUCAUUGACGGGGUCGACCGCAAUCCAUGUUGCGGUACACACUUGCCGACCUUGCACAAUCUCCAACUCUUCCUGCUUCCCCACACUGACGCGUUGUCGCGGUCCAGCACAACUUCUGCUCGCCUGUACUUUCUCGCAGGACCUCGGCUCAUCACCCACCUGGUGUCUACGCACGCUCUGCUGACAAGCACAUCGGCGACGCUCAGCUGCGGCGCGCCGCAAGUGCCCGAGCGGGUGGAGCAGGUCGUGGAGGAGCGGAAGCGGGCUGUGAAGCGGGUGGAGGACGUCGAGACGGAGCUCGCUGACGCAAUUGCAAAGGAGUUGGUCAACCAAUCUCUGAUCAAGGACGACCGAGAGAUCCUACUACACCGACACCGCACGGACGACUCUUCGAAUGCGCUUGGGCUCCUGUCUGCUAUCUCAACGGCCUUUGUGAACGAGAUCACUUCUACACCAGACUCACCGCCAUUCCUUGUGGUCCUUGCCUCAUCUCCCUCUUCACAGACGACCUCCAGCACAAGCGUAGUGCUCAUCUUUGGGUCGGACGAUAAGCGAGUCAAAGAAGUGGGCGAGGGAUUGAAAGCCAAGCUCGACAUGAGGGGUGGUGGUAAGGGAACACGCUGGAGCGGAAAGUUUACUGGAGUCUGGAGGGAGGGGCGGGAGGGGGCAUCAGUCGCAGAGGUGCUCAACGCUUAA